AUGGGCUGUGCGCAAUCCAAGACCGAGGAAGUGGCUACUACAAAUUCGCUGGAAGCUGAGACGGAGGCUACUCCAGCUCAGAGUGAGGCCAUUCCAGCUCAGAGUGAGGCCGCUCCAGCUGAGAGUGAGGCCAUUCCAGCGGAGGUUGAGGCCGUUUCAGCUGAGACUGAGGCCACUCCAGCUGAGACUGAGGCCACUCCAGCUAAGACUGACGACGUUCCAGCUGAGACGGAGCCUGUCACUGUGGAGCAGGUGGAUAUCAUCGAGACUGCGGUCAACGAGACCACACCUAAUGUUGAGGAGGAGGAGGAGACAGCGGAGCCGGAGGCAGAAGCAGCCACGCUCAAGGAGCCCCCCAAGGAGUUUUAUAAGAUCACGGGUCACGAGAUUGACGAGGCCGGCGUAGUAUUUUACAUCGUUGAGACUGUCGAGGGUGACGUCAGCUUUAAGAAGCGCUUCAGUGAGUUUAAGGCUCUGGUGGUGGAACUGGGCAGUCUCAAGAGUCUACCAGCGCUUCCUGAUUCUGGACUUGGUACCAAGCUGCGCGGCAAGCACAAUCCGGUCGUGAUCAAGAAGCGCGAGACGCAGCUGGUUAUUGUGCUUAACGCUAUUGCCAAUGACGUGGAACUGGCUGAGACCGACGCGUUCACGUCGUUUGCUCAGUAA